AUUGUAUUUAUUCAAUAAAACAUCAUUCAUUAGAAUAGUGUUUCUACUAAAUACGAAAAUAAUUAUAGUUAAAUAACGUAUUCAAUUGGCAGCGGCAUAUUGUGCUGUUCGAAAUGGAUUACAUUGGUAUCAUUGGGCGGCUGUUGUUACUUGUGAACCUGUUCAUCGCAUCGCAAGCGUUUAUUUCUGACAACAAGGACGAAUACCAAGUAUGGCUGACAACAGGCGACGGUUCUAAAAAGCUACACCGAGAAGCGCCGUGUCGUAGAACCUCACACAGCAAUGGUUACAGCGUUUGGGUGGACCGGUCGAAACGUCGACAAUUCAUUGAAGGCUUUGGCGCAUCCCUUACUAACGCGGCCGCAUAUGUCAUCUAUCAUAGCCCGAAUCGACAUACAAUUAUGAGGGAUCUCUUUGGGAAAGGAGUAAACGACCUUGGAGUAAGUUUUCUACGGCUAGUGAUGGGGGCGUCAGACUUUCAGGGUGUCAGUCCAUACACAUAUGACGAUUUGGCGAACAAAUACGGAAGGGACUUUGACUUGAAUCAUUUUAACAUCCACAAAGAUCAUGCCUUUGUUAUCCCCAUUCUAAAAGAGGCAAAGUCUAUAAACCCCGAUAUUCGUAUUCUCGCUACCCCUUGGACCGCUCCCGCAUGGAUGAAAACGUCCCAUAAUCUAUUUGGCGGCGAUUUGAACGGCGGCUGGCACUAUCUACAUGCAUACGCAAAAUUUUUUGUCAGAUUCAUCAAGGCGUACCAGGCUGAGGGUAUUCACAUCGACUACCUGAGUCUUCAAAACGAGCCUCUUCUCUCCCGGAACGAUUACCCAACUAUGGUUAUCAAUGUAAACCUGAUGAAAACAUUUAUAAGAGAUCAUGUAGGACCCCAGUUUCAGCAAAAUAACAUCAAGACCAAGCUGCUGAUCUAUGAUCAUAACUGGUCUGAGAGUUGGUACCCGGAACAACUUCUUAGCGAUAAUAGCGUGAAGAAGUACGUAUCUGGCGUGGCGUGGCAUGGCUAUGAAGGCAGGCAUGAUGUUCCAGGCGCAUUUCACCAGAGGCACCCCGACAUCGGUAUGUAUUUCACUGAAAUAUCGGGUGGGGGAUGGGAUACCAACUUUGCUAGCGUUCUGACCUGGUAUACACGGAUUAUAUUUAUUGGUCAGACUCUGAACUGGGCUAAGGCUGUGGACCUCUGGAACCUGGCCCUAGACGAUCAUCACGGACCCAAAGUUGGAGUUGGCGGCUGUAAAGACUGUCGGGGAGUUAUAACAGUCAGCAACGGAUGGUACACCAAGAAUAUAGAGUAUUACGCUAUGGGCCACUUCAGCCGUUUCGUUCGCCCCGGGGCCGUUCGACUUCAAACCAACACCUUUGGCUGGGAUGAUUUGCAGUCGGUCGCCUUCGUGAAUACGGACGGUCAAACGGUGAUCGUUGUGCAAAAUCCGAGCUCCUCACGUUCAGCUAGCUUUUCGCUAGACUUGGACGCAAAGCAUUACCAGUACCAUAACCUACCGCCCAGGUCCGUUGUCACAUUUGUGAAAUAGAAGGGCAAUCAUGGGUUUUAUACCGAUCUCGCACGGGGGUGAAAUACAGCAAUGUUGUACUAGUUCAAUUGCCUAUAUUUAUUCACCAAAAAUGAUAUAUUUGAUUGUUCAUUUCUUAAGCAUGCAAGCUUCUCCUCACAUCCUUUUUUCAUGAUGUUGUAAAAUGUAUUUUUUCUUUAAUAAAUAAUAAUAAA